UUAUCCUCCCGGUUACACGGAUAAUGUCCAAAUUGUCGCGUACAACAGCCCUUGCAUUGAUAUCAGACUGGAGUACAGAUGAUGUUAUCGAGGUGCUGAAGAAAAAUGCCCUGGAAGACUGCUGUCAAGCGGUACUUAAACGACAAAUCGACGGUGACGAGCUAUUGCACUUGACUACUGGUAAAUUAGCGCUGUGGAAGAGCGAUUUGUCACGGGACCAAAUAUGGACACUCUGGAACUUCGUGGAGUCGAUAGUGCGAUCUCCGGAGGACUAUGUGAGUCCUCCGAGUCGUACGGCACCAGACGAGCCGAUGAGCGACUCGGGCUCAUGGGGUUCGGACUUCGACGACCACGAGGAGCACCCGGAGGAGGCGCGAGCGGCACCCCAUCACGCAAAACCCUCAACAGAACGUAACGCAAACUUUCGGAAUAGUCUCGCUUUGUUCGAGCUCAACGGCAAGCCACCGACUAGAAAAACUUCCCUCAAAUCCCCGGACACCCCCGAGAGCAUCUACAUGAACUGUCCAUCGGACGAAGAGGACACGACGUACAUAAACGUAGAGCCCCAGAAGCUGCCUCCACCGAGAACCAUAUCCCAGUUUUCCAGCAAGCUGGAGAACUGCUUAGCCGAGAAAUUGAAGGAGGAGCUGAAACUCAUUAUCCAGAAAGAGAAUUCCACCGAGAAGAAACCAGAGAUAGCACCAAGACCGACUUUGGCGGCUUCCAAUAUUUCCAGACGACCCCAAAUGACCAACCCCAUACCCAAGCAGAUCAUCAAGAAGCCCUUACCUCCUCCAGGCACCCCCAAGAAAUUCCCAAAGGUACCAGAUCGUCCUGACGAACUCCCUAGGCCUCCCAAGAUGCUCAGGAACUUCGACCUUGUGGCGAAUUUACCCACUAAAGCCGAAGAGAGCGAUGACGACUACGAGGCCAUCGACAGCCAAGUCGCUCUUCAGCAUCAGCACACCUUUGGCAGUAAACAAUCAAUGCUAGGAUCCGUGGAGAGCGUCUACAAGCCCUCGAGCAGCACCACCAGUCAGGAGAAAGAGGAUGAUUUUUAUGAGUGCAUUACAGAAGCACCGGAUGAUAAUGUCUACUACGUGCAGCCUAUCAUUCCCCCGUCGAUUUCAACGGGUCCGCCGCCCCUGCCGUCGAAGCCGAUCACCCCCGGAGAUGCCCCUGCCCCCACAAAUCCUCGGAAGAUGAGCCUUCAGCAUGAGAGACCGCCGGAGAAGAAGCAAUCUCCACUGCAUCACUCUGGUAGCAAUUCGUCGCUGUCGGAGAUGAGGGCAACGAGACCACUUCCACCACCUCCUGACAGACUGACUUACGUCGAUCAAUCGUGGUUUCACAGUAUCACCAGGGAACAGGCAAAUGCUGUUAUCAGGGAACGUCCACACAACGGUUAUUUCCUCCUGAGGCCUUCGAAUACAAACCCAAAUAAUCCAUUCGUCCUCACCUUAUGGUUCAACGAUGGCGUCUACAACGUACAAGUUCGAAAACGACCCGACAGCAGAUAUGCCCUGGGCUCUCCACGAGCGCAAGAACAAUCAUUCGCGAGUGUCGAGGAGAUCGUUCAAUUCCAUUCUCGCGAAGAGCUUCCCCUCUGCAGAGGACGUGUGCAAACGGGGAGCACGUUGCUGACGGAUACGCCUCCCAAGAGAUUGAAUCCCUGAAUCACCAGGUCACACAGCUCAAUGGAAACACGACGCCAGACUGAUCUCAUCGUCAUCCCCUUAUUUCCUUUAUGACUGAUUUCUAAAAAAAUCUCAUGUGCAUGACUUCAUGCAAAUUCAUCUCGUUUCGAUUUAAUAUGAGUACGUCAUAGACAUGCGUCACCAUCCGAUAACGUCCAUAUUUACUUAACGAUGAAGUUCUUCAUUAGAUUAUUAAGCGAACAACGGUUUGGAGAGCGAAGUGAUAAAGUUAAAUACAUCCAAUUUUACAGACUAAAAAUAUUCAUUGAUCUAAAAAUUAUUGAUGCGAAGAGAUAAACGGUGAUAAGUGUAUUCAAUUAACACGUAAUUAACAAGUCUUCGAGGAAUCUAUUUUUUUCUUUUAUAAAAAGAAAAAGUGAAAAUUUGAUAACCACUCACACCUCAAAUAAUUUUCUGAAAACGUGAUGGGGGAAUUAAUCGAUAUGUUGAACUUUAUCUCUUUGUCCUUGCAUUGAUUUUAGGUGAAAAUAUUAAGAAAUCUUUCUGAUGGGUAUUUGAAAAUAUUCAAAAAAUUCUGCAGGGAUUCUAUUAAGCUAAGAACGGCUGGUGUCGAAAUAUUUUAAUCCAUAAUUAUGGAAACUGUUAAUUCGGUUGAUUCCACUUUAUCACUUCGUCGUGAGUUUUAUUCAAUAUUUAUUAUUGAGUUUUUUAAUGAGUUCUUUUGAUGUGACGAACACUGAGAUCUGCUUGUACGUACCUACACGCUUUUGAAAGAGAUAGGGGAAUCCUCUAGUGUUUUUAAAUAUUGGGCCUUGACUUGACAGAUUUAUUUAUGGACAGGUCAAUUAACAAAUUCAACACGAGGCGAAUUCCCCGCGUUACUUGAUUACGAAUAUGCAUUUAUUUUAGAAUAAAGUAUUUUAUAUUUUAUAUGCAAUCGACAAUCAAAAUUUGUUAUUGUAUUUCAACGUUCAAAUCAAAGGCGGGGAGAACUAGCAGAUUAAUUUCAUGUGAUUGUAGAUGAGAGUGACGGUGAGGCGAAUGAAAUGAAAUUUUAGUAAUGGGUCUCCGUUUCGAAGAUAUUUUUUUGGACUUCGAAUUGAGAAGAAAUUCAUUCCAUUCGUGCUGCAUAUUCGAAGAUUGCUAUUUCCCUCCACGCACGCCUGCUUAUGUACAUUUUAUAUCGAACAAAUAAAAGAGGAAUUGAACCAUUCUGAGGAUUUCUA